ACAUUUUUUGUAGCUAUAAGAUUAAAUCACAAUGUUAACAUUUGCUUAUUUGUUGCAGUGGCAGGCAGGAUCUAGACAACAAACAUCUCCAUCUGGAUUUGGACCAGAUAAAACUAAUUGGGGUUGGAACUGGUUGGAGAGAUGGAUGGCUGUUCGUCCAUGGGAGAAUCGUUUCCUCGACAUUAAUACGAGAGAUGGACUGAAGAUUCAGGAGAAUGGUUCUGCUAAACAAGAGCAAGAGCAAGAGCCCAACAUCAGGAACCAGUUAAAAUCUGCYGGCAAGAAAUCCAUUGCUUCAAACCUUCAAUUAGAAUUUCCAAAUGAGAAAAUGGGGCAAUCUCAUUCUGAUGGCUCUGGUUCUGACCCUAUCAAGUCAACUAGCAUGCAAGAAGCACCUGCSACGGUGUGUAUUGAUCCAACGUCUAACGCAUUUCUUGCUGAUUCAGUUGGUGAGCUGAGAUUGAGACCUGGUGUGGGGUCAAGAUCCCACAGCAAUCCAAGAGAGAGAUCCUCAAUCUUGGGUAAUCAGGGAAAGAAGCGACAGUCGCUGCCUAGUAGUGGCAAAACAGGGCAAGGUGUUGGGAGUCAUAUGGCCAGACAACCUGGUAAAUGUGCUACAAAAACAAGCAUUUGAGUAGCAGCAGCCGAACGACACUUCAGACCAUGCAUAGUCCUCCCAAUCGGCUCAGGAACUCAACAAUCACUGCAAUUUCAGAYGUUUGUGUAUACACGRGCAGYUCAUKCACUCAGGAGUUAUUGAUCAUGUUGUCGGAGAAGUGAAAGAAAAUGAUUGGAUUUAUUUGGGAAUGUUGUAAUUAUCAGUUGUCGUUAUUUUGUAACUAGCAAUAAUCAUUGUUGUUAUAUCGACGAUGGAGUAUGUGGGAGAAAACUUCUGUACAACGUGGAAAGACAUGAUGUGUAUUGUAAGAUGUCAUUCUAAUCAAAAUAUGCAAACUCCAUAUUUGUACAAA